UUGUUCGGAGAGAAGAUUGUCCCGUAUCCGAUAAACUGCAGUCGUUAACGUUGAUGUUUGGCAGUGGGGGAUUAUCGCAAGCAGCGGGAUGGCUGAGUGAGUGAAUGCUGUCUGUCGGCUCAGGUGAUCGUUGAGCGGGGCGGCGACGCGACAGGAGUGACCCAACAAUGGACGCAACUCUUAUAUUGUCCGCUAUUAUUUUCACGCUGCUCGCCGUCGUGGUCGCGACGUCGCUGCUCAAUGGCUCGUCGCCCGCGGCGGACUUCGCGAACGCGCGCAGUUACUUCGGCCGGAGAGGAGAUGGUGCGGCCGGAGGAUCGGCGAAGUCCGAGGCGACGCUGAACGGCCAUGUAAGCGGGCAGAAGAGGAAGGAGGCGGCGGACAACUGGAGUGAGAUGAGUGGGAGCUCACACGACCACUGGGAUGUAGUGAAAUCUGAGCAGCUUCACACAGAAGAGGGUGCAGCAGUCGAAUAUUCGUCCUCCACGUCGAGCCUGUCUGUCCCCAGCUUAGAGACUGAAGGAGCCACAGAGAGCCCAGAGGACAACCUGAAAGUGGGAUCGGAUGCAAAUAAUUCCUUGAAGUAUGUUCCUGGAAAGGCACGGUCGCACCACUUAGAGGUGAUGAUGUCCAAAGAAGAGCUGGAAGAGGAGCAGAGGAGUAAAUGCAACGCAGACGUUAAGUGUCUGUUAACCUGAAAAGAGAGCAGAUAUGUGGGUGCAGCGUGAGCAGCUGGCCGCCAUCUUCCAGCUACUGAAAGACAACAGGCAGACGUUUGGGAAUAUGUCUGAAGGAGACUUAGAGGAGCAGCUCAGACUCUACUCCAUCUGAGACUUCUCUAGAACCUGAUCUGCUCCAGGACUCAUUCAGGACUCAGAAUAUUUCAUUUAAUUCCCUUGCAGUAUUCAACACAGCUGUCUGCCCCAACAACUGUUUAUUUUUGUUUUUAACUUGUAUCACACACACAAACACACACCCACCUGCACUGAUCAAAUAAUAAUGGAAAUAACAUUCGAGCAUUGUUGCUAUUAGUUCCUUGAGUAUAACUUUCAAACUGUUGCAUAAUAAACCAGAAUAUUGUGUUAA